AUGAAUGAGAACGGCGCAAAGACUUCCGUAACGAGCACCACUGAAUCGAACGGCGGAACGUCAAAGAAGAAACAAAAGCCUAUGGCAUUGUUCGAUUCUGACGAUGAACCCGAUGACCAAGACAUUAGCAAGCUUGAAGGUGCGAUUGGAGAAGACUCAGAUAUCGAAAUGGACGACGACUUUGGCAGUGACGUAUCUGUGGACGGUAGUGCGAGUGCUGAUGAUGAUUCUGAUGAUGAACUACCUAUUGAGAAAAAGUCACGGUUGUUGGACAAAAGAAAGCAGAAAACAGCGGAGGAAGGUGAAUCAGAACUACGCCUAAAUAUUGCUGGUCAACAAAAAUACGAACUCCCUACAGUUGAUGAAGUAGAGAAGCAACUUAGAGAACUUCCCAACCUUCAAAUUAUCAGAGAUAGGAUUAGCGAGGUUGUUCAGGUAAUAACACACUUCCUUCUAUUGCAUCCAAGCUUCAUCUAA